CACACGUUACAUUACUUUACAUCUUUGCCAUGGUAACGCUAGCGUCAGGGCCAUCUGUGACUAGAACCACCCGCAGCGGAGCCAGCGCUCGCGCUUCGCGGCUACCCUAUGGCACAUCAUCCAGGUCUCGACAUGUGAGGCCAGUACGUGCAGCAGCAGCAGAAUCUGAGGCUGUCCAGGCGCCAAAGGGCAGCACCAAGAUUGGCACCCUGUUUUCUGGCCUCGCGCGUCUGGGCACCGGCACCAUUUCAGUUAGGUCUAAGAAGGAGGAGAAGAAGGGAUCCUUCUCCAAGGAUGCUCGCGACGAUAACGUGGUGUUUGUGGCGGGGGCGACGGGGCGCACGGGAGCUCGUGUGGUCAGGGAGCUCCUCCAAAGCGGCUUCGUUGUGCGCGCCGGCGCUCGCGACCCCGAGGCUGCCCAGCAGUCGCUCACCGUUGCCCUCACGUACGGCAUCAUCAGCCCGGAGCAGGCCAAGCGGGUGACGGUGGUGCCCUUCGACCUGGCCAAUCCGGAGGGCUUUGAGGCCGCCAUCGGACCCGCUAACAAGGUGGUGAGUGCGGUGGGCGCCUCGGAGAGCGAGCUCAAGCUCUCCGCACCUCGCAAGGUGGACGGCGAGGGCAGUGUGGCCCUCAUCUCCCGCGCCGCCGAGCUGGGUGUGCGGCAGUUCCUGCUGGUCAGCAGCCUGGGCACCGGCAAGCUGGGCUUCCCCGCCAGCCUGCUCAACCUGCUGGGUGGGGUGCUCAGCUGGAAGCGCGAGGCGGAGAAGGCGCUGGAGAGCAGCGGCAUGCAGUACACCAUCGUGCGACCAGGCGGCAUGGAGCGCCCCACCGACGACUACAAGCGCACCCACAACCUGGUGCUGCGGCCCCGGGACUCGCUGUUCGGGGGGCAGGUGAGUCGCCUGCAGGUGGCUGAGCUGGUGGCUGCCGCCUGUCGCACUCCCUCCUCCGCCGCCAACAAGGUGCUGGAGGUGGUGGCGGAGGCGGGGGUGCCGGCGCGGGGGUUGGAGGAGCUGUUGGAGGAGGUGGCGCAGGAGAUCACACCGGAGGCCCAGCAGGCCAACCGCGAGGGGGUGGCUGCUGCUCGCACCGACCUGGCAGCGGCCCAGCAGCGCGCCUCCCAGGCGGCUGCAGCGCUGCAGGAGGCGGAGAAGCGGGCGGGGGAGCUGGCGGCACGGCUGAAGGAGGCCAAGGCCACGGAGGCUGCCGUACGCAAGGAGGUGGCUCCGGCGCUGCGGCAGGCUCGGCCGCUGGAGGCGCAGCUGGUUGCUGCGCGGUCUGCUGCGGAGGUGGCUGCACGGCGGGAGGCGGCAGCCAAGGUGGUGCUGGAGCGGGCACGCAAGGCGGCGGCGGCGGGGGUGCUGCUUGGGGAGAAGGAGCGGGCGGAGAUUGUGGCGGAGGUGAUGAACCCCAAGCCGCCAGCCGCCGAGGCAGCUGCCGCUGCUGCUGCUGCUCCCAAGAGCGGUACCGCUCAGCUGCUGGGCUUCUUCGGCAGGAAGCCUGAGCCAGCCGCGCAAGCGGCGGAUGAGGAGGCCGCUGCCGAGGCGGCGGCAGGUCAGCAGCAGGCUGAGGCGGCGGCGGUCAAGAAGGCCGCUGCCCCGCUGCCCCUGUUCGCCGGACUGUUUGGAAGCAGCGCCGCACCAGCUGCCGAGGAGGAGGAGGCGCCUGCUGCAGCAGCGCCUGAGGAGGCCCCGGCCCCGGGGGCUCCCGAACCCGCCCUGGCAGCCGCCAUCCGGAAGGUGCGCAGCGCCUCAGCUGCGCAGGCGGCGGCAGCAGGCGGGCAGCAGCAGGCGCCUGCAGCAGCCGCAGCCGCAACCCCCAAGCGGGCGGCGGCUGAGGAGCCGCCUGUGGUGCUGGCUACUGCUGAUGCGGCUGCUGAGGAGGAGGAGCAGCAGGAGGCCGGCAAACCGCUGUUUGACGUCGGGAGCUUCUUCGGUGGCUUCAUGAAGCGUGCGGAAGAGCAGCAGCAGCAGCGGGAGCAGGAGGAGCAGCGGCAACGAGAGGAGAGGGAGGCGGCAGCAGCGCAGCAGCAGCAGCAGCCGGUGUUGGCGGCGGCGGCGGCGCCGGUUGCAGUGGCACCACCUGCGGCAGCUGCUCCUGCAACCCCCGCUCCGAAGUCCUCGCCAGCCAAGCCGGCGGCGGCCCCCACUCCCGAGUCUGAGCAGGCUGCUCGGCGGCGUCAGGCGGUGGUGGAGGCCACCAAGGCAGCGCUGGCGGGCGGAGCUGCUGCCCCCGCUGCUGCUGCCCCCGCUGCUCCCACCCAGGAGGUCCCCGUAGCUGCUGCUGCUGCUGUGGUUGCGGAGAAGCAGCCCCAGGAAGAGGCCCCCGCUGCCCCUGCUGCUGCCCCUGCUGAGGCGCCGAAGCCUGCCGAGAACUCGGAUGAGGCCGCCAGCGACAAGGCCGAGGCACAGGCAUGGAUCGCGGCCUGGAAGGCUCGACAGGAGGCCUCCACCGCCUCCACCUCCUCAGCCACCCCUGGGGAGUCCGAGACGGAGGAGCGGGAGGCGGUGCUGGCUGGCAACCCAGUCUCCAAGUUCAUCACCACCAUUUUCAACUGAGCAGUUGGGAGGAAAGGAUGAGGGAGAGGUACAGAAGGCUGGGAAGAAGCGAGGAUGUAGUUUGUUGUGUUUCGCGGGCUGGUAGUAGUACCGGCAGUUCGGGGCGGGGAGAGGGGGCGCCGGAGCGUGGUUCGCUCAUGCCUUGCCCGAGAGGGGCUACAGGGAAAUACGUGAAGGGCAAAAGGCGUGGGUUGGGGCCGGGGAGGGCGUGUCCGCAUGACGUACUGGUUAUGUGGAGUGAGCGAUGGCUUGAUGUAUGCCCCCGGGUGCUGUCGCAUGGGUGUGGGGUAAGGCGCAGGAGGGCAGGGAAUGGGGAGCGGAGAGGGGAGGAGUGGUCAGAAGGAUGAGAGGAGGGGUUGGAGGGGUUCAGGAAGGGCAUCGCAUGGGAGGAGAGGAACGGUCGUACAGAGGGCCGGAGGAGGAGGCUCCGGAUGAGGGGGAUCAGGGGGGUGGAGCUGGGGAGCACGGGGCUCUGGGACCAGAAGAGAGAGCGCUAGAGGGUCGUCCUGAAGUAAAGGCACACGUCAAUUUUGACAGGCGCGAAGACGUGUGGCCGCAGUGGAGUGAAAGCGGGAGAGAUGUCAACACUUGCCUUUCCCUCCCUAGUUGUGUCUCCUAGUUUAAAACACGUUGGCUGUUGACAUUAGUGCGUAUCCGGCGGAUGGUUGUUGUCUGAAGAGGGGGAUGAAGGACCUAAGGCACUGUGAGGGGGUGCUUCAGCCAAAGUGCGCAAGGGAUAGGGGAGAGCUGCUAACACACCGGACGGGGCCCCCUGCGCGGGUUGCGGUCUAUGGUCGUAUCAACAUGGAGAGGCAAGCACAACGUAUAACUGUAAGCAUGGGGUAUGCACUCGUCCUGUUGUGGCUCCAGGGGUGUUGCAGGGCUGUUGCAAGGAGGGGCCAUGUGGGGAAAGAAGUCCCGUGACAGGGGCCAAGAUUGGGUUUGCAACUGCCACCGCCGCC